GCCCUGGCAUGGGCCGUGGGCUUCGUGGGCUCCGUGGGCUCGGGGGACCCCGCGCCCGGUGGUGUCUGCUGGCUCCAGCAGGGCCGAGAGGCCACCUGCAGCCUGGUGCUGAAAACCGACGUGAGCCGAGCUGAGUGCUGUGCCUCUGGCAACAUUGACACUGCCUGGUCCAACUUCACCCACCCGGAGAACAAGAUCAGCCUCCUGGGCUUCCUGGGGCUCGUCCACUGCCUCCCCUGCAAAGAUUCGUGCGAAGGCGUGGAGCGGCGCCUAGGUGCCGAGCGCGCGUGGCUCGCGCAGGGGAUCUGGUGCAACCAGGGGGGCGGGUCUGAGAGGGGGACCUGGUGUGGGCGGGGUCGCAGCGGGGGUGGUGCCUGGGGCCGAGCCCGGACCUUGACUCGCCCCGGCGCCCCCCCCCCCACAGAAUCGUGUGCGCACGUGGUGUGCCUGCGGCCACAGUCAUGUGUGGUAGACCAGACGGGCAGCGCACACUGCGUGGUGUGUCGCGCGGCGCCCUGCCCCGCGCCCUCCAGCCCUGGCCAGGAGCUCUGUGGCAACAACAACGUCACCUAUAUGUCCUCGUGCCACCUCCGCCAAGCCACCUGCUUCCUGGGCCGCUCCAUUGGCGUGCGCCACCCGGGCAGCUGUGCAGGCACCCCCGAGCAGUUAGAUGCCGAGUCGGAGGAGGAGGAGGAGAACUUUGUGUGAGCCCGUGGGGCCGGCCUGGGCCUGGCGUUCAAGGCUUUCCCGUUUUAUUUAUUGCCACAGCAGAGUCUAAUUUAUGUCCCACGGACACGUCCCAGAGCCUGGACCGCGACCAUUUCGGAAGCCCUGGUGCCCGCCCUCCCCACUUGACGACACUUGGAAGAAUUGAGGGAAAGAGGCCUGGGAGCAGGGCUGGUGGGAGGGGCCUCACCCCAGGCCCCCGGAUCCCACACUUCUACUCCCUUGGGGGUAACUCUGUUAAUUAUCACUGCCACCAAGAGGGCUGGGGAUUCCCUGCCAGCAGUUAAUGAAGCAGCACCCUGGCCUUCUAGAACAGGGACCAGGGGGUGAGGAGGUGAUUCACAGCCUGGGUGUGUGUAGCUGAGCAUGCCCAGAUCCCCCAGACAGGCCAAGGAAGCAACCACUGUCCCCCACCAGCCCAAGGGUACCCAAGGGGCUUACCUUCCCCCUGCCUCCAAUUCCCCCAUAUGUCCUGUGAAGUCCCCUGAGAGAAAUCUAGCUUGAUCCCAGGGCCAGGGGCACUGUCUGUGCCUCCUGACACAGGCCUUGGUCGUGAAGCAGCCAGCAUCCACCCAAAGCAGGGCAUCAUGUCCAGCGGUGCCCAGUUCUCUUGGCGUGGAACCUGGUGGGGCCUACAAGCCCCUGCUCACCCACUGGCCCAGGGUAGGGUGUAGAUGACAAGAUCCACUGCACACCCGGCACCCUGGAGCAGUGUGUCCAAGGGGCAUCCCCAGUGCCUGCUGCCCUGUCCACAGAUGUGGUCCAGACCUAGGACCCCUCAGUCCCUCGUGUCCUGCCCUGGCCAGGCCUCUAGGCCCAGUUCCCAGGACCCUCCCUGCCUGCCAGCUGGAUGCUGGCGUUGGGCCGAUUUACUCCAUCCAGUUCGCUCCAUCCGAUAACCUGGGCUCUUGCUGCAUCCCCUGCCUGUGCCUGUGUGUAGACUAGGUGCUCAGACAGGAGGGGGGUGCCAAGCUCCUCAAGUUUGGAGCGAGGGCAGGGGGGCAGCGGUGCUCAUCCUCCCAGCUUCCAGGAAGUGCCUUACCUGUGACACCCAGAAAAGUGCCCUUGAGUAGCGGGUUCACCCGAGCCGCCCGACAAGGCAACCUCCCCUGCCCUGGGGUCCUGCCUCGCCUGCCAAAGGAAUAAACACUGAAAAAGUCA